AAAGGGAGGAGCCCUUUAUAUUUGCAGCUGGUACUUUGCAGACUGUCGCUGCGUGGGUUUGUUGUGGUGCCCCCGUCCUCCUCCCCCCCCCCGGGGUGUUUGCAUAGACUGAUGUAGUUAGCCCAGGUUCCUUGCCAGGUCCGGUUAGUCUGGGAGUGCUGCUGAGCCGGAAGGGAGGGGCAGAGAGAUGAUGUGGCUCCCUUGUGCAGCUGGUAGUUCGCAGACGGUCCCUUAGCAGGUGGGGCUGGCUUUCUGCUGCUGUUGAUGGUGAGAAGGACUGAAAUCUCAGCUGCCCUCUUGCAGCAGCUCUGGCGAAUGGUUCAGUGCCUCGCUCCUACACACUGGCCGCACCGUGAUGGCAGUGACUGAUUCCAGCCGCCAGGACUGAGUGGGGAAGGCAGCAAGGGACCUUGGUCAGGGUCUGCGUGGAGGCACAGAUGGAUACUGUGUACUUGGCUGAGCCUGCACCCGGGGGUGCCAACCCCGUCUCCCUGGAUGUCCUCAGCUUCCUGGACCCCCUAGCGAACAGCACAGAGGAGCAGUGCUUCAGCGCCCGCUCCCACAGCACGGUCCUGCAGGGGCUGCCAUUCGGCGGCGUGCCCACCGUGCUUGCCAUCAACUUCAUCCUCUGGCUGCUCCUCCUCCUGGUCUUCUCCUGCCUUCGGAAAGCAGCUUGGGACUAUGGGCGCCUGGCCCUGCUGAUGGAUAAUGACAGCUUGACGUCGUUGUUCUACGGGGAGCAGAGCGAGAAGGAGAAAUCUCCGUCAGAGACCAGCCCCCCGGAUGUCGAUAACAAAGAUGUGGGAUUCUGCUCCUGGCUCAUUUCCAUCUACCAAAUGAAGGAUGAGGAGCUCCAGAGCAAGUGUGGGAUCGACGCCACCACCUACCUCUCUUUCCAGCGCCACAUCCUGGUGCUGGUCAUGAUCGUCUGUGUGCUCUCUGUGGCUGUCAUCCUGCCUGUCAACUUCUCUGGGGACCUCUUGGGAAGCAGUCCAGCUCAUUUUGGCCGGACGACCAUCACCAACGUCCCAACACAAGACCGUCUCCUGUGGCUGCAUAGUAUCUUCGCUCUCAUCUAUUUCAUUAUCACCAUCCUCUGUAUGGCUCAUCACUCUGUCCAGCUCGAAUACAAGGAAGAUGAGAAGGUUGCCCGGACGCUGAUGGUCACCCGGAUUCCCAAGGAGAUCACAGACUCCUCCCUUCUCAUCAAGCAUUUUCACGAGGCCUAUCCCAGCUGUACUGUCACCAACGUCCAGUUCUGCUUUGAUGUUCGCAAGCUGAUGAAGCUGGAUGGAGAGAGGCGCAAGGCGAUGAAGGGACGACUUUACUUCACCACCAAGGCACAGAAAGAGGGGAAAAUCAUGAUCAAAACUCACCCCUGCGCCCGCAUCUUCUGCUGCCACAGCUGCGGCUUCGAGCAGGUAGAUGCUGAGCAAUACUAUGGGGAGCUGGAAGAGAAACUUACCGAUGAGUUCAAUGCUGAGCGCAACCGCAUUACGCUCAAGCGUCUUGACAUGGCCUUCGUCACUUUCCAGGAUGAGAGGAUGACAGCAGUGAUUUUGAAGGAUUACAGCCACAUCCACUGCCGCAGGCACCCACAGCAAUCCUCUGUGACCACGGUGGUAAAGUCCCACAGCUGGGGCGUCCGCUAUGCCCCCGCCCCCAGUGACAUCAUCUGGGAGAAUUUAUCUGUCCGUGGCACAUCAUGGUGGGUGCGAUUUGUGCUCCUCAAUAUCUGCCUCUUCAUCCUCCUCUUCUUCCUCACCACACCUGCCAUCGUCGUCAACACUAUAGACAUGUUCAACGUGACGCGGCCGGUGGAGAGCCUCAAGAAUCCCGUCCUCACCCAGUUCUUCCCCACGCUGCUGCUCUGGGCCUUCUCUGUGUUCCUGCCCUUCGUCGUGUACUAUUCCGCCUUCUUUGAGUCACACUGGACCAGGUCGAAUGAAAAUCAGGUCACGAUGCACAAGUGUUACUUCUUUCUGGUGUUCAUGGUGAUUAUCCUGCCCUCGCUGGGGCUGACCAGUUUAGAUCUUUUCUUCCACUGGCUCUUUGACAUUCACUUCUUGGAUGAGGCAAAUAUCAAGUUCCAGUGCGUUUUCCUUCCUGAUAAUGGCGCUUUUUUUGUCAACUACGUCAUCACGUCCAGCCUGAUCGGGACAGCCAUGGAGCUGCUGCGCAUCCCCAGCCUCAUCGUCUACGCAACCCGCCUCUGCUUCGCCAAAUCAGAGCCAGAGCGGCUCCACAUCAAGCGGAGCCAAGCCUAUGAGUUCCAGUUUGGGCUGGAGUACGCCUGGACCUGCUGCAUCUUUGCUGUCGUCAUGACCUACAGCAUCACCUGCCCCAUCAUCGUCCCCUUUGGUUUGCUCUAUAUGCUGCUGAAGCACAUGGUCGAUCGCUACAACAUUUACUACGUGUACAUCCCCACCAAGCUGAACCAGCGCAUCCACUCGGCGGCCGUCAGCCAGGUGGUGGUGGCGCCCAUCCUCUGCAUGUUUUGGCUGCUCUUUUUCUCUGUCCUGCGUCUAGGUCCCAUCCGUCCCAUCACACUCUUUACCUUCGUGGUUCUUCUAUCCUGCAUCCUCUUCUCUUUCUUUGGCCUGUGUCUGAAGAAGCUACAGCCAAGGAAGCCCUCCAGCUACCAGAUGUCUGAGCAGUCAGAAGGGGCCUUCAACGACACGGAAAGAAGCAGCAUCUCCUCAACCCCUAACUCAAAUAUGUUCGUGGCCACGGUGCUGCAGGAGCCGGAGCUGAGCCUGACGCCGGCUGCCUCCCCAGCUCACCAGUCCUAUGGCACAAUGGGCAACCGGCUGGAGCCGGUGGAGAACAGCGAGGAGGGUGGCCUGCAGAGCUUUGAAACGGAGCUGGAGACUGUGGAGGGUGAAUUCAGAACCGGGCCCAUACUGGAGGACCAGGUCCAUUACCACUGAGCAGCCUCCCGCAGUGGCAACACCAGCUGGACAGAAACACCAACAUCAAGUAUUGAGAACAGGGAGGAAACUCCAUCUUGUAGGCCCCAAGCUUCCUGAUCUGCCAUGUCAACCCUGCCGCCAGCUCUCAGGCCCUGGCGAGGGUCCAGUGCUGCUAACUGGACCAGAUCCAACACUGCUGAAGGAGCAGCGGCUUUCCUGGCCUCCGAGAGCCCAAGCCCCAGUGCUGGGGCGGUGGCCUCUUGCUCAUGCACACAGAUAAUACUGGGGUCUAGGUGCAGUGGUGGAGACAGAACUGAACUGAGAGAGAGACCCCAGGAGGCCUCCUGCUUCCAUCCUGUGCUCCAGCUCUGAGCAGCUGGAGCCAAUUGCUAAUUCAUCUCAUGCUCAGUAGCCUGCCUGCCAUCUCCCGGCUUUCCCUUCUCCUGGAGUCAGGGUCAGUCACAACAGACCUCAUACACCCCUCUUUGCUUUCCCCACCUUUCCCUCUGGUUCAGCAUCCCUUUGGAAAGGAGGGGUGUAGUAGAGUGAGUGGCCCCCAGACACUGGGGCUGGGGAUGCACAGAUCCAUUGUGCCAGGGCAGACGUGGCUGUGAACCUUUUUUAUCAACAUAUUUUGGGAGAUUAGGAGGUGGGCAUGGGGAAUGGGAUUGUUCUCCUGCUGCCAAGGGAAAAUGCCCAGAGAGCACCAAUGAAUGUGUCCAAUGCAGACGCAAAGGCCUGCAGCUCCUUGGCUGCCACAGGAGCCAGCCAGACUCAAGUGCAGAUGCCAAACCUGUAGCUUUGUGGUGCGCUCACUCGCUGCCCCAGGGAGCAAGACAGGGGAGUUGCCCUUUUAACUGGGUUCCAGUGCCAGGCCUGAGUGUCGUCUGUUCCUUUCCCCCAUGUCUGCUUGUGGCUGUGUGUGUGUGAAUGCUGUCUUUGUCUUUGGGUCUCCUUGCCUUGGUUCAGUGUCAGAUAUGGAGCCUGUCACCCUGUGCUAUGGGGAGCCAGGUAAGGGAGAGAAAGAGAGAGACGGUGGGCACCAGGAGGAGAGUGCUGUGGCUAGGAUGGAAUAACAGGCAGCGAAAGGAGAGUCGUGUGCCCUGAAGCAUUAACGUUUUGUACAGCACCACAUUCCAGACUGCCGGCUCUUUGGGCAUGACCUCCGGAGAUGCAUGUAGUCUCCAAGGGCUUAAUUAAAGAGGCAGCUAGGAGUAGUGGGGGGCUCUAUACAUGCAGGGGCUUAUGCAUGUGAUUGAACAAGCUCCUUUGGGGAACCCUUCUGGGAAAUCUCUGGGCGGGAAAACCUCUGCCCCCAUCGCCUGGACUUGAGAACACGCGGAGCAGCCUCAUGAAAGCUUGUUUCGGCUGGCCCUGCAGAGCCCAGUAAAACGGGUUUCCGGUCUUAAAUGCUGUCAUUUUGCAGCUGGAUGGUCAUGACCCCACCCCCCCACCCGCCAGCUGCUGAAUGAUCUGCAGUGGGCAAAGAGCUAGGGAAAGGCAAGUCAGUGCCAGACUAGUGACACUGGUAGUAGAGGCCUUUUAUACUGCCCAGUCUCCCCACUGUCAUGGCAAUGACAGGCCACCUCAGUCAUGGGCUGCUGCAACAGUUUAACAGGUACCCAGUAAUAAUGCACCAGCGCUGAUGCCGGUGUCCAAUUGUAGUAGCAAAUGCACUUGGUGCUUACAAUCCAGGGUCAGUGACUGCUUAUCCCCCUACCCCCUCCACCUCAAGCUCAUGCUGUCCCCCAGUAAGCCAGGCAUCACUCCUUCUGCCAUGCAUGGGGGAGCUACCUGCCCAAGGCUGAGGUGCACAAAGCAUGCUGGAAAUGUUUGGAUACUUGUGGGCAUGGCAGGCUGCAAACGGGGAGAGGUGUUCGCAGUAGGACCCUGCUCCACCUGGCUCUAAUGUGCCCACAGAUGAGCCCUUGGCAAGGUGUUGUCACUGUCAAGAUCAACCAGUGCAGAGAGCCAUAAGACUUGGAAACCAUUUGAAGUUGCAGGAUGUUCACCCAGGGGCUCAGUUCAUAUGCAGGUCAAGCCUCAGGGAGGUUAGAGCUAGUGGUGACUCUUGAGAGACUUCUGCACCAAAAAAAUAAACAUUCUGCACACAAUAAAAUUCUGCAAAUUUUAUUGGUCAAUAAAUAAAUGUGACAGCUCCAGCAUGGCAGUGGGGAGCACAGGUCACGGGCUGCACGGAGGUGGGAGCUCACCCUGCAACAAUUCCCCCCACCCCCAACCCUACUCCCAUGACAUGGACUCAGGGGUGAGGCUGCUCCAGACCCUGACACAGCACAAGGGCCAGGUCUGCCCCAGAAACAGCCUGGGGUUCUGUAGCCCUCCUCCCCCAGCACACAAGGCUUGGCCCAGCAGGAUCCUAGUGUGGGGGGAAUCCAGGUGUGGGUUGAGAAGGUUCUGUGGGGGGGCAAUAUGGUUGCAGGUGGCUCAGUGAGGGAUCCGGGUGCGGGGGGAGGGGCAGGCGGGAACAGGGAAAUCUGGAAGCACAGGGGCUCAUUUGGGGCUGGAGGGGUUCCAAGUACAGGGCAAGGGCCAGGUGCUGAGGGCUCAUCAGGGUGGUCUAGAUACAGAGGGCAGGGGCUCACGAGAGUGGGGAUUUGAGUGCAGUGGGGGGAUGGGCUGGCUGCAGGGGUGGGGGAGUCUAUAUUGGCGGGGGGGUCUCAGCAGGGAGUCUGGGUGCAGGGAAGCUCCAGCUGCAGGGGGUGAGGCUCUGCAGGGUGGGAGUUUGGGUGUGGGCUUCUCGGGGGGGGAGGGUCUGGGGCCAGAUGCACAGGGGUUAGGCAGACUAGGGAGCAGCACCAAGUACAGUGACCCCCCCCACCUGCUAUGGCUGAGGAAUGAUGGGGGCAGGAAGGGGGGGGGCGGAGCAUCCUGCAGCCAGGAGAGGUGGCGGGGGUAUGACCCGGCCUAGGACUAUCAGCUGAACCAGCAUGCCUGCACUGCUGGGGCAGGGGUGUGUGUGUGUGUGUGUGUGUGUGUGUGUGCGCGCGCGCACACAAGUGUAAUGGCUUGUGACUUCCCUUUACUUCCCCCUCAAAAAGUCAUUUUUCUGCAGGGAAGCAAAAAAAAAAAAUCAUCUGGGGCCAUGAAUGCUGCGCACACACAGUGGCACAGAAUUGCCCCAGGACUACGCGACAGCCAAGCCUGGUAGGUACAUAGCUGAACCUUCACUGAACUGUGCGGCUGCAGGCUGAAUUCAGCCCUGCCCGCAACUUGCUUCACGUUGCAGAGUGGCGGGAGGGAGGGAGGCGUGUGAGCUGCCCUCUGACCACAUAACAGAGUCCCAUCCAUCACCGCAGCCAACAAAUAAAACUGUGAAUUAAAAACAAAGGGUGAAGGAUUAAAAAAUACGUUGGCUCCCCUGCUGCCCUCAGCUGCCAUGAUGCCACAACCCUCUUGCAGGAACUGGGCUCUGGCCCCACAGGCAGAGCAGUUACCACUCCCCAUGCCCAGAGCCGGGCUGGCCGUGAGGAUGAUGCUGGUGCACAAACGAGGAUCCAAGCAAAAGCGAGCGGGCCUGGUCCCCUUAGUGUGGUUAGAAAGGCCGUGGGGGGUGUGUGUGUGUGUGCGAGAGAGAGACAGGGGCACAGCUCUGUCCCCAGGGGACAGGACACUGGGAGCAUUUGGUGCUUAGCCUCUAAGAACUGUUCUCUAGUGAGCACAAGGUGGGUAUGGUAAGCCAGGCAGCCUGUCUGCACCCUUGAGGGUGGGGGGGAAUGGAGUGGGGGCUUAGCUCCUCAGGGCUAGGCUCCAGCCUCCCAGGCUUAUGUACUGUGGCCCAGGCACCACUACUGUGUCACAUUAGCCCUCAGUCAUGCCCACGGGUGCCAGAGGGAGCAUGCUGAUGGGUGGCAUAGGACAGUGGCAGUGAAAAGUAGCACUGAGGCCAAGGAAAGCAGCUCCCAAGAAUGGGACUUAGGAUGGCAAAAUUGGAGGGGGGCAGGGGGAAAUGAGCUCCAAAAGCAGAGAUGCUGGUGCGAUGGGUGACCUUCCCAUUGUCUGCAUGCACAUGGCCACAUCACAAACCCCUCCUGCGCUGAGUGCCUGGAGCACUGUUGGUGUCUGAUAGCCCAUCAUAAUCCCCACCCCCAGCAGCCAGUCAGCCAAACACUCAUCUGUCCCUUUGCCCAUACACCCACAUCCAUACCUCACCUCAUACAUCCCCCUGCACCCAGUGGUGUCUGCACAGCUCCACGCACCUCACCCCAGCCAGCUACUCCCCGGCCACCCCAUCCCACUGUGCCCCUGUCUAACCUCACUCUGUGUUGUCGCCAUCCCCUGGUUGGUCUGGCCCAGUUCUGUGGGAAGGUGGAUUGUUCCUUAUGCUGCCUCUCCUGUGGGAGACAGUUUGAUGCUAUCAGCACCUGAUCAACUAACCUCAACACCUCUCUCUCUUUUGCUGUUUCUCUGGUAUGGAAGCAAAGUGCCUGUGAGUGGCAUGGUGUCCUUGAGGAGCUCUGGCUCCUUGUCUGACUUUCCCUUGGCUGUCACAUUAUAGGAAUGUGCCAGAGUUCUGUAUCUUUCUUGUUAUUUAUUGCUAUGACCGUGCCUUGAAUAAAAUGACUUCGCCCA